CUGGGAGGGUUGGGCUGCCCGAGGCGUUUAUUCUUGGCCGGCUUGGCUCUCGGCCUGAGGAGCCGGUGACAUGGCGGCUGCCGGUCCUUCCGGGAGCGGGAUGGCCCAAAAGACGUGGGAAAUGGCCAACAACAUGCAGGAAGCGCAGAGCAUCGAUGAGAUCUACAAGUAUGACCGCAAGCAGCAGCAGGAGAUCCUGGCGGCCAAGCCGUGGACCAAGGACCAUCAUUAUUUCAAGUACUGCAAGAUCUCUGCCCUGGCUCUCCUGAAGAUGGUCAUGCAUGCUAGGUCAGGAGGCAACUUGGAAGUGAUGGGCUUAAUGCUUGGAAAAGUGGAUGGUGAAACUAUGAUCAUCAUGGACAGCUUUGCUUUACCAGUGGAAGGCACUGAAACACGAGUUAAUGCUCAGGCCGCUGCAUAUGAAUAUAUGGCUGCAUAUAUUGAAAAUGCAAAGCAGGUUGGUCGUCUAGAAAAUGCAAUUGGCUGGUAUCACAGCCACCCUGGCUAUGGCUGUUGGCUAUCAGGAAUAGAUGUCAGUACUCAGAUGCUUAAUCAGCAAUUUCAAGAACCAUUUGUGGCUGUGGUUAUUGAUCCAACAAGGACAAUAUCUGCAGGAAAAGUAAAUCUGGGAGCUUUUAGGACAUAUCCUAAGGGCUACAAGCCUCCUGAUGAGGGCCCUUCUGAAUAUCAGACUAUCCCACUUAAUAAAAUAGAAGACUUUGGAGUACACUGUAAACAGUAUUAUGCUUUAGAAGUCUCGUAUUUCAAAUCCUCCUUGGAUCGCAAAUUACUUGAGCUUCUCUGGAACAAAUAUUGGGUGAACACUCUUAGUUCAUCUAGUUUGCUUACUAAUGCCGAUUACACUACUGGGCAAGUGUUUGAUCUGUCUGAAAAACUAGAGCAGUCAGAAGCCCAACUAGGACGAGGAAGCUUCAUGUUGGGUUUAGAAUCUCACGAUAGAAAAUCAGAGGACAAACUAGCCAAAGCAACAAGGGACAGCUGCAAGACCACCAUAGAAGCAAUACAUGGAUUGAUGUCUCAGGUUAUUAAGGACAAACUUUUUAAUCAAAUUAAUAUUGCUUGAAGUAGAUCACCAACUGAUAUGUAUCUUCAAGAUGGAAAAAGACAUACCUAUUUGGACUUGUUCAGUUCGGAACUGAAGCCAGAAUGGAAAUCUUCAGUUAAUUUGUAGUACUUUAAAUCAUCUCUGCCACCUCUUUGCCCAGUUUUAAGAACAGUACUCUGAAAUUUAUUGUAACUCUGUUCUUUACCAUAAAGUUUUGGUUGUUGCUUCAAAAGAAUAGUAAAUGUGACUGUUUCUGGAUGAUGGAAGUUUACAAUUUAUCUCUUUUGUCAAUCUGCAAUAAACAACUCUUAAAAAUG